AUGCGUCCAAAAAUCUCGACAAUAACUGCGCUUAUACUGCUGUCAGUCGCAGCGCCAGCCGCAGCUCGAUCAACAAGUCAAUUUCGAAAGUUCUUCCCGGCAUGGAACGGCUACUUGCUGAAUAUCAUCGACAAUGAAUGCCAGGAACAGCGCGACAAGUACUUCGAUCCCUCCAAUGGCGAAAGGGUACUGUCCUACCAGCUGGCCAACUGCCUACUCGACGGAAUGGAGGAGUUUCGAAAGACCGAGAUGGGUAUAACUUCCGUGAUUCUCGGUCUUCUUCCGACUAUGCUGCAGACCUUUGGCCCGACGGUAGUGGAGGUGAGCGUUCUCGCCAGCCGCCGACCUCUGCUCGCUUUCCUGCUCGGUAUCGCCAUGCCAUCAGUCAGCACGGGAGGGCCGCUGGCUAAUCCUGCCGAGUCCUUGCGACGCACGAUCGACUUCCGUAUCCGCUCCCACGUUCUCCCUCAGGCCAGAUGGGCCUGGCUCUUAAUAUCCGUGUCUGAGUACCUCAUUGCCGCCGCCGCCGCUGCUAAUGUGUUCUAUCAGGUAUACCAGCUGGCCUACUGGUCCAUUUCCGUCUCGGCAAUUGCGGUGGAUAGUGGGACCAUAUCGGAGACCUACACACCCUGUCUCUGGCUUUUGCUCCUUAUUCCCGUUCAUCUUCUUAGCUUUUGGCGCUUAAAGCUGCGGUACAAACCAUCAGAAGAGACCGCGGACUUCGAAAAACAGAAGUCAUGGCUACGGGCUGUAAAGAAUAAAGGGCUUCUAUCUAUUGCCGUGCAGUUCUGGACAGAUAUUGCUUCCGCCGUUGUAUUUAUAUUCAGCACUGUGGCUUUGUCAAGCCAGAUCUUCAUCAGCUUAGGUGACGUAGUUCCUAUUAUAGCCCGGUUUCUGAUUGGCACUUUGGUCUGUCGGGCCGUCUUGUUGUUCGAGCUGCAUGGACUAAGAGAAGUGACGAGCCAGUCACAAAAGGACGCUAUACACAGUGGUUACGAAUCGGUCUGCGGACAAGAUGGGAAGGGCGUCACCGCAGAACUCGGGCUCACCCUUUGA